AUGACCGACAAAGCAGGCAUGCCAUCAGGUGGGGGGGGCGGAGAUGAUGCAGGAAACAUCAUGGCGUUGCUGGAGCGCGUGGCGGGCCUCAUGGACAGCGUGCAGACCACCCAGCAGCGUAUGGAGGAGCGUCAGCUGGAGCUGGAGAACACAGUGAAGACCAUCCAGUCUGAUGUGGUCAAGCUGACCAGCGCCCACGCCAACACCAGCUCCUCCGUGGACCGGUUGCUGGAGAAGACCCGUAAGGUCAGCCGCCACAUCAAGGACGUCAGGGUGCGUGUGGAGAACCAGAACCUCCGGGUGAAGAAGGUGGAGGUCACCCAGGGCGACCUCCUGGCCAAGAACAAGUUCCGGGUGGUCAUUUAUCAGGGCGACCAGGAGGUGAAGGCCGUUACUCCCGGCAACGAGUCAGCAGAACCCAGUGGUGGCGCCCGAGCUGAGGUGGAACCGGACAAGUUCGAGCUUCCUCCCGAGUCGGACGAGGAGUACAUGGUGGUGGAGGAGGCCGACUCCGCAGCCGCCGGCCGCGCGAAGAAAACCGGCCUGACUCGCAUCGAGAGCUUCAAAGCCACGUUCUCCAAGGAGAACAUGAGCAAGACCCGCGAGAACCUGGGCACCAAGGUCAACAAGUUCGGCGAGCGCAUCGUGACGGCCGAGCGGCGUGAGAAGAUCCGUCAGUCCGGAGAGAGGCUGAAGCAGUCGGGCGAGCGGCUGAAGGACACCAUCAGCAAGAGCGUCCCGGCCAAGCUCAACCUGAAGAAGGAGAGGACGGUGGCGGAGGGCCAGGAAGGAGCCGAGGGCGCCGUGGACGGAGCCGCGCCCGUCCCCCCCCCCAAGGGCCGCAAGGGCAGCGCCGAGCCUGCCAAGAUGGCUGCCGACGAGGGCAAGGCGGAGGAGGCGGAGGUUCCGAUGUACGACAUGAAGCAGUUAUCGUAA